AUGGAUCUCGCAACGCUUUUUUACAACCUUCACGAGGAAGUGUCUUGUUCGGUGUGUUCGGACUUAUUCACGGAUCCUAAACAACUCUCCUGUCUGCACAGUUUUUGCUUAAAGUGUUUGAAAGGAUGGUACGAAACGUGCGGAGGCGGAGACACCAUUAAAUGCCCGAAGUGCCAAACGCUCAGUCGAGUUCCUGCAAGCGGUGAUCUAAAAGAUCUUCCAACCAGUUUUUAUUUGAAUGGCUUGAUCGACGUUCUUGCUAUAAAAGAAUGCAAAAAGACUCAAGUGAAAUGUGGAAACUGCGACAAGAAGAAUUCAGAAGUUUCGUACUGUUUCCAGUGUUGUGUCUUUUACUGUGAUCAAUGUGCGGCCGCCCACAAUAUUUUGCGAAGAAACAGAGGACACCGCGUAUUGGCUAUCAAAGAGUUUCAAGAUAAAGAUCUCGAGGAUGUAUUGAAGCGACCAGUAUUUUGUUCAAGACAAGAUCAUCGGGAAGAAGAGUUAAAAUACUACUGCAAGGAAUGUGAAACGGCACUUUGCCAAACUUGCGUGACUUUGGAUCAUGGAGGUCAUGUACUGAAAUUAAUCAAAGAAGAAGCUGAAAGUCAAAAACUGGAGAUAAAAUCUGUUAUUGAAAGGCAAAAGCAUAAUUUAGAAUUAAAAAUGAACGUAUUAACUAAGCUGGAUAAAGAUUCCGUUGACAUGAUUCAACAAAACGAAAUCGUGAAGAGAGACGCCAAAAGGUUUGCUGAUGGCUUGAUCAAAUCAAUUCAAGCAAAACUGAAAAACAUUAUUACUACGGCGGAAAACCAAACCAAGAAGUCACUUGAAAGUUUAAAAGAAAAAAGAAGUGAGAUUCAGCAUCAGAUAAAUGUCAUGAAAUCAUCACUGGAGGAAGCCGAAAAACGUUUAAAACGAAGUACCACCGUCGACGUUGUUCAACUUAAAAAAUCACUACAGACAAUGUUUCAGAAGGUUGAUCCUAUUGUUCAUGACUCCGGGAGUCUUCAAGCUUUUGUUUUCGAGAAAAAUCAGAAGAUGCUUGAUAUCGUCCAGGGGGAAGAAAUUGGAUUGUUGAAAGAAGGUUAUCGAACAAAAGCAAGAGAAACUCUGGCUGAAGGUGAAGGAUUGAAAGAAGGAACUGUUGGGCGUAAAGCUCAAUUCAAUUUGAUCACAAGAAACGCUGAGAGAAAGCAGUGGUAUGAUGAGAGGGACCGUGUCACUGUAAAGAUCAAGGACGAGAAGGGACAAAACAACGUAACGGAAGUGCAAACAAAUGAUAACAAGGAUGGCAUGUACAAUAUCAGUUAUUAUCCCAGAGAACAAGGGACAUUAAAAUUGCUCGUUAAAGUCAACGGAAAGCAUAUUGCUGGUAGUCCUUUUAAUGUGAUAGUAAAACCAUUUCAUUUCAAUCCUGUUUUGUUUUUUGGACAGCAAGGCUCGGGUGAUGGAAUGUUUACGUAUCCAGUUGGGGUGGCAGUAAAUGACGAGGACGAAAUAGUGGUAGCUGAUCAAGGCAACCAUCGGGUUCAAGUGUUUGACAGUAAUGGCACUUUCCUAAGAUCCUUUGGUCGCAAAGGCGAAAACGAUGGAGAGUUCAAAUACCCUUUUGGAAUAGCCAUUGAUAAGGACAGAAAAAUUUUUGUAGCAGACACUAACAACCACAGAAUUCAAAUUCUUAGUUGGGAGGGGAGACAUCUGGAUUCAUUUGGCAGCCAAGGAAGCCUUGAUAGUCAGCUCCAUCAUCCUUGGGGUUUAUCCUUAGAUAGUACUGGUAAUCUUAUUGUGGCUGAUGCAGGUCACAAACUGAUUAAGAUCUUUACCCCGGAUGGUAGGUUUGUAAUGAAGAUAGGUGGACAGGGUUCUUUUAGUUUUCCUAUUCACUGUGUUCAGUGUGGUGAAUAUUUCAUAGUUUCAGACUCGAAUGAACAUUGUGUCAAAGUAUUUAACAGGGAGGGGCAUUUUCUUUACAAGUUUGGUAAGAAGGGGGAGGGGGACGGAGAGUUUAAUUGUCCACAAUUUUUGUCGGUAACUCAGUCAAAGCACUUGUUGGUCUGUGAUCGCAGAAAUAAUAGAAUACAAGUCUUUAAGGUAGAUGGAACAUUUGUGCAAAAAUUCGGUUUAAAAGGCUCCAACUUAGGACAAUUCAAUGAGCCAUUCUCAUUAGCGCUGCUUAGUAAUGAUCAAAUUGUUGUCUCUGAUAAAGACAAUCAUAGAAUUCAAAUAUUUGCAUGA